GUGUAGAAACAAACAUGGAGCGAAAUGUUGGUUCACUACAGGUGCAGGCCCUGAAGAGAAAAGAAAGGCUAAAAGCAUUAAGAGAUAAACAAUUUCAUAGGCAAGAGGAUGGAGAUGAUGAGCCAGAGAGGAAAAAAGCUUCACUAGAGGAGCCUGCAGAAGAGAAGCACAGAGAGCUGAAGCUGAGAAACUAUUCUCCAGAGGAUGAAGAGCUGAAGCAGAGGCAAGUGCCCAAAGCCAAACCUGCAUCAGUGGAAGAUAAAGUAAAAGACCAGUUAGAGGCAGCAAAUCCAGAGCCCAUCAUUGAAGAAGUGGAUCUGGCGAAUCUUGCCCCAAGAAAGCCAGACUGGGAUCUAAAGCGUGAUGUCGCAAAGAAACUGGAGAAGUUGGAGAGGAGAACGCAGAGAGCCAUCGCUGAACUCAUCCGUGAUCGUCUCCGAGGCAGUGAGGAGGAGCUGGCUGCAGCAGUGGGAGCAGUUGGAGUAGAGGAGGGAGACUCAGACUGAGAUCUGACAGAUGGGGAACAAAAGGAGACUGCAGUGUAAUAGUGGAACAACACAAGGAUGAAUUACUGGGAAUGUACUUUCACAUCAACUUUGAUCAUGACAGAAAGUCGUUUUCUGUCAGGUCUUUCCCUUUGUGAGUCCUAUGUUGUGUCAUUGUAUCGUUACGUAUGAAUAUGUAAUGAUGCAAUCUGUAUAUGUGGUUGGUGGUGCAUUGCAAAAAGCCAAUGUAACCAUAGAUAUUUUUGUUGUAGUAAUGUUUUGUAU